AACGAACACAGCCCUUUAGCUCAAACGACCGGUUUUGCAUAUCAAGGAGCGUUCGCAUCCAUCCAUCUGGCUCAAGUCAGUCACGAAAGACCACACGGCACACACACACACACAUCCACACACGGGUUCUGGUUUGUACAUGGCGACAGACAAAUAGCACAGCUCUCUCUCUGCAACCGAUCGAGCCGCUCUCGAGUGAAAAAGGUAACACCUUACCAGGCGAGCUUUAUCCAUAAAACGACACUCCUCCUUCCUCUCCUUGCCCUCCGUCCGUUCCCCCACGUGUGUCACAUAGCGCACUCAUCUUGCUGCCUUGGCAAGGCUCGGCUCUUCCGUCUUCCUGCGGCUCCUCCGGCCCGCCCUCAUGUCGCGUAUGAUCUGACCAGCUAUAAGCUUCCGCCUCGCCUUGAGGGCCGACCCUACACCCAGGCCCAGCGCACCGCCCGUGGCUGCGCCAGCAACGGCACCUAUCGGGCCGAAAGCCACGCCGCCCACAAUGCCGCCCACCACCGAUGCAGCGGAUGACAGGUGAAGCGACUUGAGCUUCGUUUUGCGAUGCGAUGCGUGCGCCAGCUCGACGGCGGCCUCUGCGGUGCGAAAAUGGGAGCUCUGAAGGCCCAUAUCGGUGUGGUCGAGGGCUGACUGGGAGGCGUCCACCUCUUUGGCAAUCUGUUGCUGAAGCUCAAACAGAUUGGCCAGGCACUGUUCAAUCUCCCGCAACUCCUAGAGGAAGAAGCGAAGAGAGAGGCCAUCGAAUACACACACCAAUACGACACACAGGGAAGGAGGAUGGAAUGUUUAUGGAACGGGGAGUCACCUGUGUCUUUUCCUGCUGCAGUUCUUCCUCCAGGUCUUGCUGCAGCGCCAUGGCCUCCACUUGAGACAGGUCCACCACUUGCGAAAUGAGCAGACCGCUGUCGUCGACCUCAUCCUCAUCACCCACACUCACAGACCGACCAACACCCGCACCACCCACCAGUUGCCCGCCAUCGUCCGCUGCCAUUGGUGCCCUCUCCUCUCCAGGAGCCCCGCUCUCCCUCUUUUUGGCAUUGUCAGCCGCCUCCAGCAGUGCCCAGUGUGUGGAGCAGAACUCCUGGUGCUUCGACUGAAGCCGCUGGAAGUCAUGUCUGAGCUUGUUGACGUACGUGGCUGCCCUCCGACUCGUCUGCGCUGAAUCGGUGGCCGCCGACUGGACGAACGACUGUGUCGUCGAGGAGGAAGUGACGGAUGCGAAGAACUCCCAAAGGCCCUUCUCCAGCUCGUUGCACCGGCCCAUAAGGCUGGCGAAGUCCAGGAGCGGCGCAUCGGCGGCGUCGGCAUCCCCGCAGCGGGGACUCCUGUACUGGAUGCGCAGCGCCGGCGCUUGCCUCUCCACCACUAGCAGCAGCUGUCCGAAUUCCCUUAGAAGCGAAGCGGCCAUAUGUGGCUCGUCCAUGUCAACCACGUCAGAAGCCGUCACGUUCUCGCUCGAGGCGGGAGGAGAGGUGACGUCAGAGGAGGUGGGGGGAGAGGGGGAAGGGUGGGGCUCCUGCUCGCUCGUGCUGGCAUCAUCUGAUGAGCUGGGCGGGGCGACGGCUGUGUCCAUGGUGUGGCGGGUCGUCAGGUCGGACAGGCUGACAGGCAGCGAUAGCCGCAUUGGAGCGAUAAAGGACGACCAGCUGCCUCCACCUUUCCGUGGCUGCUGCUGCUGCUGCUGCGAUUGAACCGACACAUCUUCUCCCUCAUCGCUCUUCGCUGCUCCCUUUUGCCGAUGUCGUGUGGACGGGAGCCACGGAAACGCCCAAGAGGACUUCUCCUUCUUGGUCGCAGGCGCCACGCUCCCGUCUGUUGCAUCAGGCUCUUGAGGAGCGGCUGAGGAUGGCGAGAGGGGGGUCGGCUUCACCGCCGCCGUCCAGGGGAAGGGUCCAGCGGCAGGGUUGUCUUCUUGAUCCAGCUUCCGCGUCACGAAGACCGGCCGAUAGGUCGUCGUUGAUGCGCUAUCCUCGGCGCUCCGUUCCCUGGUGUGCGCGCGAUACCUGACGCCAUCUGUGGUCACCCAUCCUUCGGCGUCCUUGAAGGCUCCAUCUGGCUCAGGAGAGAGAUCCACCUGAAAGAGGCGCUUCUGCCGCUCCCAGGUGCGGACGUCAAAGGUUGACGCGUCGUCGGUCUCAAUGGUUGAUGGCCGCCAUUCGUUGUCGCUGUCGAGGAGCUGUGUUUCUCUCACUGUGACCUUCUCCAUUUGCACUUUUCCUGCGUUCUCCGGCGUCU